UGGAAUACGAAAUCACCAAUGAAGAAAGAUUCGAAGAGGCUUUGGAGAGUGAGAUUGCUUGUAAAGAAUUUACUAAAACCUUAAUCGAACAAACGGCCGAGAAUAUUGAUUUACGAUUAGAAGAAAAAAUACCCCAAUUAAUUUGUAAUGACGAUAAUUUUAUUGAGGGACAAAAUCUUUUCACCAAAGAUGCCGACUUUUGA